GAGUCUCGGCUAUGGGCCCCGCCCCCGAGGGUCCCGCCCCGAGGUGUGGCUAGGGACGCCGGAAGGGCCCGCGCGGCUCUACGGCCCGCCCGGGCCGCACGCCUUCGGACUAUGGCGACUCCGGCGAAGCGCCAGCGGGUGGCGGGGCCUGUGGGCGGCGGCGAUCCGGACCCGGUGGCCGGCUUCUUGAGCUGGUGCCAGUGCGUGGGGCUGGAGCUGAGUCCCAAGGUGGCGGUGAGCCGGAAGGGCACGGUGGCCGGCUACGGCAUGGUGGCCCAGGAGAGCGUGCAACCUGGGGAGCUCCUCUUUGCGGUACCGCGGGCCGUGCUCCUGUCGCAGCACACCUGCUCAAUCAGCGGCCUGCUGGAGCGAGAGCGAGGCGCGCUGCAGAGCCAGUCGGGCUGGGUGCCGCUGCUGCUGGCGCUGCUCCACGAGCUGCAGGCCCCGGCCUCACCCUGGAGCCCCUACUUUGCGCUCUGGCCCGAGCUGGGCAGCUUGGAGCACCCUAUGUUCUGGCCCCAGGAGGAGCGCCAGCGGUUGCUACAGGGCACAGGGGUGCCUGAGGCCGUGGAGAAGGAUUUGACCAACAUCCGUAGCGAGUACUAUUCUAUCGUGCUGCCCUUCAUGGAAGCCCACCCCGAUCUUUUCAGCCCCAGGGUUCGCUCCCCGGAACUCUACCACCAACUCGUGGCUCUUGUGAUGGCUUACAGCUUUCAGGAACCACUGGAGGAAGAGGACGACGACAAGGAGCCAAACCCCCCUUUGAUGGUGCCUGCUGCAGACAUAUUAAACCAUGUAGCCAAUCACAAUGCCAAUCUAGAAUAUUCUCCAAAUUGUCUUCGGAUGGUGGCUACUCAGCCCAUUCCUAAAGGCCAUGAGAUUUUCAACACUUAUGGGCAAAUGGCUAAUUGGCAACUGAUUCAUAUGUACGGUUUUGUUGAACCAUAUCCUGACAACACAGAUGACACCGCUGACAUUCAAAUGGUGACAGUUCGUGAAGCAGCAUUACAGGGAACAAAAGUUGCAGCUGAAAGGCUCCUGCUAUGUGAACGCUGGGAUUACUUAUGCAAAUUGGAGAUGGUAGGGGAAGAGGGAGCCUUUGUGAUUGGGUGGGAAGAAGUGCUGACUGAAGAGGAACUGACCACCACACUCCAGGUGUUGUGCAUGCCUGCUGAGGAGUUCAGAGAGUUUAAAGACCAAGACGGACGGGGAGAUGAUAAACAGGAAGACAACAGCCUGACCAUCAGAAAUAUCCCCAAGCUGAAAGAAUCAUGGAGACAGCUUCUUCGGGACAGUGUCUUGUUGACCCUGAAAACCUAUGCCACAGACUUAAAAGCUGAGCAAGAUUUACUCAGUAACAAGGAGGUAUACGCCAAACUCAGCAGGCGGGAACAGCAGGCCUUACAGAGUAUUUAAUAAGCUAUGUCAUUGGCACUCAGAGCAAUUAAGUCCUCAGCAGUCUGAAGUUUGAUCUAGAUGGGACAGCUCACCCUGAGGGAAGAAACCCUAAGACACCAAUGACAUUCAAGCCCCACUCGGAGUUCUAUUUAAUCUUGAACCUUUUUGUCCUCUUGGGCCAUUAAAGCUUUACAGUUAUUAAAGGUAAGGUAUAUAUAAGUGGGAUAGUUUUUCUUUUAAAAGUCAACAUCAAAACAGCCUGAGGGUAAAGAAUAUUUUUUAAAUGGGUGUUUU